AAAUUCAAAGACUUCGUGUCAAAAAGAAACUCUCGUGUACCAAAACCUGGUCCAUCGAAAGAGCCAUUCGAGGAGUGUAAUUCCAAAGGUAGUGAAAAGCUCGCAAACUUGCGAUCGUUAAGAGAUUCCGGAAGACAGCGAAGGCUGGCCUGUAUCCGUGGAUCUAUUCCGGCACCCAAACGUCGCCUUCCGUUCCGAAAAUAAAGGUAAAAACCGUGACACACGCGAUUCCGAAUUGGUCAACGGUGGACAAAACGUGCAAGAGUGUGACUCGGUGGCCGAGAAUCGAACGCGCUCCCGAUACUAUUCUAAUCCCUGUCCUUGGGGGGGGACGCGUAUCCGCCGUUGUCUAGAAGCCUGGAACUUGGCCGUGGCCGAUUGAUCGCGCACCAGGGUCUCCUCGUAGCAACAAACCGCGCAGAGGGAACACUAGGGUGCCAGGAACACAUCUACCACGAGCACGCUGGCCGAAAAUAAAGAGAGGAGCGAUUUUCAUCGGCAAAUAAUCGCCUCACUUCAGUAUCCCGGCGCUUAUCCGGCUCGGUGGCGGUGCUCGCGACGACCAGAAUCCGUGAGAAUCGGUGAGAAUCGAGAUUUUAAGAAAUACGAGAACUAUAUUUCAAAGAUUAUUUAACGAGAUUUUAACGUGACUCUGACGAGCAUUAAAAGAAAAACGCAAAGCAUAUAAACACAAGAUACAACGUAAUUUUAUCGAGUGAUUGGCUUAUCUUCCGGUUGCACGAAAGGUCAAAGAAGUAGCCUGUGCAAUUAGCGCGUUGGCCAAGGAAAUAUUGAACGCAGUUUCCCGCGAAAGAUUCUUCCCACGCGGAGGAUCGUCGACCUCCGUGCGCGAAGUGGCCCUCGAACGUUCAAGGAACGCUCUGGAGGACCAAGCCGCGUCGUUACAAGAAGCAGAAACCGACGGGGGAAAUUGGAGCAGCGUAUCGGGGGCACUUGAGUCCUCCGGGCCUCAUCGAGCAAGCUAAUUUUAAGACGUACUCGAGGGGGGACUCCUUCGACCUCUGGGAUGAUCAACGAGCAUGGCGCCAGGAGCAACGACCCUGACGAGCCUUUUGCUCUUGAUGACGAUCGCGAGGUGCUCGAACGUCUCCGCGAGCCCCCAGCCGCUGUCCGUGAAGGUUCUGAAGGGCAUCAGGCUACCGGGCGGUUACAUGGAGGUGGUCCAGGAGGAGCACUGCUCGUACAGCGUCGUUCGACUGACCUGCAGGUCCCUGAAGGCGUUCAUCUUCAUCCUCGAGGCGGAGUAUCUGUCGAACGUGACGCGCGUCUGCGGCCACGAGCCCCGGAAGAUUACGAAGAAGAAGACGUCCAAGGGCGAAGGUAGCCUGGCACCGAGGAGCAUGGAGCUCAGGGGGAAUUACAUCGACGAACCGGACGAGGAACAUCUCGGGGCCAUGGACAUUCGACGAUCGGUGAACAAAAGAUGCUCCGGACAGAAACAUUGCCGCUACAGUUUCACCACCGACCAGUCAGGCACGGUUUACUGGAAACCAGCUACUUUGCGGUUAAAAUACGCCUGCAUUCCCGAGACCGCCGUGAGAAAGUAUUGCAACGAGGAGCUGAAGGUGGUCCCCGGCGACGGUGGCUUCAUAAAGUCACCGGGAUAUCCGCUCUACUAUCUCGGGGAGAACACGUGUGGUUGGACCUUCAGAUCGGCCCCCGAGCAAAGGAUCCUCCUCACUUUCCACGACCUGGAUAUACGGGGCUCGGAGGAGGACGGAAGCUGCGUGGACGUCGUCAGGGUGCGGGAAAGGGGAAGAACGCUGUUCGAGUAUUGCGGUGCAGCGGCUGGCGUCACGGUCGUCUCGAAUUCGAACGUGAUCACCCUCGACCUUGUCGCCUCGAAGAGCCUUUACACGGCUCGGGGAUUCUUCCUGCAGUAUCAAGUUUUGGGCUGCCCGGAUAUCUCGACGCCGAACGGAAGUUUCGUAUUGAAUGGCACUCUGACGUCAAGGACGCUCCUAUGCAAAUUGGGCACCGUGUUCCCUGACAGCAAAGAAAGAACAAGGAUACUCGAGUGCAAGAACGGCAAGUGGAACGAGAGCGUCGUCGCCAUACCAAGUUGCAAAGCCACGUCAGCGGUGAUCCUGAAGACGGAACACGAGCACCACCAGUUGUCAAGUCUGUCCGGGGACAACGUUCUUGGCACAGGGGUUAGAAUCGGACGGGGCGAGGACGCAGUCGCGGUCGGCACCAGGGAGGUUAUGGAUUCGGCGCAAUCAGCGAUGAUGAAGCAAACGGACUACGUUGUAGACGUCGUCUUGCCGACCGUCCUAAUUGCUCUGCUGUUCGUCGGCAAUGCCAUCAUCGUUUACAUUAUCUUCCAGUAUAGAAAGAGGAAAUUCCCGCCAAUAGAACACGGCGAGGAGAUGGCUUUGCAUAAUUCAGCAGAGGUGCCACAGGUGUAAAUUGAGCGAGAAUCGACAGUCAAGUUCACGGUGCCAGCAAGAACGUUAGCGAUGAGGCCUACG